GAUGUACUCUUUUCCUGAAACAGCCUCACAGUCAACUCUUGAUGGUUACUCAGUGCUGUCAAACGAAAACUCAGACCGUUUCAAUGUUUUUUAAUUAACUUUUAUCGUAUUCAUGAAUUUUGCGUUGUUUUCUGUGUUGGCAUGUUUGUCGAUAGGUUAUGGUUCAAUCAGCGAGGGUAAGUUUUAUCGUUGAAAUUGUGCUUCUCAAAAAUAUAAGUGAGGUUCUACUAUUAACUAAACUCCGAUUUUGAAAAAGGUAUGAAAAUGUAGGAACAGAUUUUGAUGGUUUGGAAAUAAUGUAAACCCUAUAUUUGAUUUAAAAAAUAUUUGAUUAAAAAUGAAAUAUUGUGCUCCAAAUGUUUUCAGUGGGUGAUAAGUCAGGACUGCAGACAGGCCAUUUUAUCAGCAGGACUCUUCUACUACAGAGCCAUGCUGUUGUAAUCCCUGCAGAAUGUGGUUUCUCUUUGUCUUGCUGAAAUAUGAAGGUCUUCCAUGAAAAAGGCAUUGUCUGGGUAGCAGCAGAUGUGGUUGCUCCUAAACCUGUAUGUAUUGUUCAGGAUUAAUGGAUCCUUCACAGAUGUGUAAGCUGCCAAUGUCAUGGACACUAAUGAUCCCCGAACUAUCAGGGAUACUGGCUUUAAACUGACAGCUAAUAACAAGUUAGGUGUUCCCUCUUCACUUUAGAAGAGGGGAUGCAGCUCUCAUGGUUUCAACAAGAAUGUCAGACAUUGAAUCAUUAGCCCACAUGACAGUUUUCCAGGUUCCCUCAAAGUCCAUCUUAAACAGGCUCAGGUCCAGAGAAGUCUCUGAUGUUUUAUUUUAUUCUACAUAACCGUUAGAGCCAUUUGUGCACUACUGAUAAUUUGACAUAUAAUUAAUAAUUUUUGUUAUUUAUCCUGAUUAGAAUUCUGAGAGACUGAACAUUUGUAUAGUUUUAUUUUAAAGUUCAAUUGAAGCCAAUUACUACUGCAGCUCUCCUAUUGGAGGAGACAUGUAAUAUGAGACCUGUGGGUUUUUCUUGGGUAAUUAGAUAUCUUUAUAUUAUCUAUUCUUUAUUAGAGCACAGAAGAAACAACAGAAGUAGUGUAACAUUAUGUUGUAAUUAUGAUUUUCUGCUCGUCCAAUAGAGUGUUUUUAAUGAGUUGUAACCCACACUUUUUUGCAGUUGAGGACAAAGAGAAACAGUGUGAUGUCCUGAAGCAGCUGCUUGAAUCCUCGGCUGUGUCAGUGGAGCUCAAGAAAGAUGGUUUUCACAGGUGUGUUUAAAAAAUGAAUUGAUAAUCAUCUUUAAGGCUCACUGAGAGAAACAAGUCGCUGAUUUGUGGCGUGUUUUUAGGGAGCUGGUGACCUCUGUUGAGCUCAGGUCUGAUGAUCUCAGAGGGGUCAGAGUUCUGCUGGUUCACAGAUGGCCCAGUGGAGUCUAUGUGGAUCCAUUCGAGCUCUCAUCUCUGCACGAUCAGAGAGACUGGCAGGCAAGGAUGACACAGAAUUGUGCAUAUAUUUCAAACAACAGCCUUUAGUUCUACUCCUCUUCAUGUUUUGAUUUCUCAUGUUUUUACCACUUUCAGAUAUUACUAGAUUCAGCCAUUGACCUGGAGCUACCUGCUCACAAGACAUAUGGAUUUGUCACUUAUGUGUUUCUGACUCCUAAUGGACCAUCUCCUAGACGACUGACUGUUACAAUCCCCAUUCAUGCUCGAUACCACAAGUCAUCUUUUGAUGGGAAAUCAUCCACAGCAGUAGAAAUAAAACCUCCAGAGCUGCUGCUGAGAACUGAAAAAUGUAAGUGGAUGAAUUUUUUUUCAGAGUUUACAAAGUUUAGUUAGUAACUUGAUGCAACUAUUAUCAAAACAUAAGCUCAUCACUCCAUCCUGGAGAAAGUCAUCUUGAACACAGAAAAGCAGAAUUAAAACGGUUUGUAUUCAUUCAUUUGCUUCUACAAUAAAUCCAUGCUCUGAUGAGGGCCACCCAUAGACUGUAUAUAAGAUGGACAACCUGGUUCAGCCUUCCGCCUGUAUACAGAUUUGAAGCCAAAAAGCUCUCGGUAAUUCCGGGUUUUUCUCCACUUCCUUGAAACCAGAGCUGUGCAGUAGCGUUGUGCGCAUUUGGCCGCGCAGUUGCCGAGAGUCCCUGUGAUGACGCUCGGCUCAAACAGCGUAUCCCCUGGGAGAGCUACGCAAUCCCUGAAGGCCCAUAGGCUGUACCAGGUGUCAAUCAUAGAAAACAUGAACCCCUAAUAACUUUUAAAAAUGGAGCUGUACAGAAAAAAAAGGACUUGGGCACAAACCAGUCUUACAAUAACUACAUGUUAACAUCACAAACAGGGGGGAGAAAAAUUUAUGUUCUGUGUAAUAAAUUUCUAAAGUUUGUCCACAGCCCCAUAAGCUUUGCUGACGGAGGCGGGAUUUAUGACCUAUACUGCAGCCCGUCACCAGAGGGUGCUGUUCUCUGAGUGGCUUCACCCAGCGAGGAGGCAGACUCUGUCCAUCUUAAAUACAGUCUAUGGGGCCACCUCAGUGCGUCAUGAUGUUCAUGGGAAAUGCAGUCUUUAUACUGAAAAAAAAAAGGAUUAACAAAAGAUUAAUUUUCAGCGCCUAUAUAUCCAUGAAAAUAGUGAAAGUACAGUGUCAAAAAAUUACUGAAAUUUAGUGUAAUGGAGUUUUCUGCUUUUAAAGUAUAAUGUGCGCAGAGUGAAAAGGAAAAGUUUUUUUUAGCUCUAGACAGGUCUAAUGUCAGCUAGGAGAUAAUUCAGGUCUGUGCUGCAUGAUAACAAAACAGCAUCACUGUGUUUUGUUUUAGGAUGAUAAGUAAGUGUGCCCCAAAUGUUCUCAGGCCCUUGAUGCUUCAAAUGUCUCAGAUAUUCAUAAGUGCAUUUAGACACUGAUUCACAGAAAGACCUAAACACAAGUAUAGAGAAUCUGAAAUGAAUCCAGUGUGACAGGUAGCAAGUGUAAGAACUACAGCAGGAGUAAUAGGGCACCAAAACGUCAAACCACUUGCAAUCAACAGACAGGGGGUGGAGCAAGUGUUCUGUUUCAAAUUUCCAUGUGUAUAUAAUGGGCAGAUGGCACCACAGUUAUUAUCAGCAAAGCCCAGCAGAGACUAGACUUUUCUUAAACAGCUAAAAACAAAAAAUGCAAACUGUCUCCUGGAGGCUUGAUCUGUCAUUGAAUCUUCACUCACCUUUUUAAUAACAGUCUUGUUUAACAGCAUCACAACCCAAGAACAGAAGCAGCUGGGAAGGAUUGUGCACUUGGCAACAUAACUUAAUGGUGUCAGUCUGCCUGUGCUUCAUGAAAUUUAUGAAUCAGGGUUGGCAAAAGUGUCUCAAAGGUCUUAAGGGGUGCUUUGCACCAUGUUAAUCGUUGCUUGAAUCUGCUCUCAGGGAAAACCCAAAGACAAAGACAGACAGAUUUUGAAACAAUACAUGUAUCUCAGCAUUUAGUAUCUUUCAUAAAUUUUAUACUUGAUUUUAAGUUUCAGUUAUUCUUUACACUUUCUACACUUUCAUGCUUUUGUUUCUUUUGAUACAUGUGUGCAGUAAAUACUUUCUGUCUUUACUCAAGUUGUAGGUUUUUUUGUAUGUAUUUGUAUGUCAUAUUUUAUGAAGAGCACAUUGAGAUAAGUUCCAAUCAACUGUUUGAGUUGAUGUGGCAAUAAAGCUUUGAAUGAAUUAAAUAAUUAUUAACUUAUUUACAUUUUUCAGGCACACAGCUGGACAGUUUACAGUCUUACACUGUUAUGGAGGCUCCCUGCACAUCAGACAAUUCCAGCACAUGUGCGUGGGCUAAGAUUCAUCAGCAGCAGGUGGUUCUUUAUACAAAUUCAUGUUUUUCUGGAUAAAACAUGCUAACUUUCUACCUCACUUAUAUUUAUCUUUUUCUUGUAUCCUGCAGGCCCAAACCUCUCUGACUUUACAGAUUCCAGUUGGUGAUGGGUCUCGGGUGAUUCUUGUAUCUGCAGGAACUCUUUUGGUCACGAUGAUCUGCUGUGUGGGACUGUCCAGAUUCAUGUGGAAACAUCGGAUCAAACAGUGACUGUAAAGAUGUGUUUUUGUUUUUCUUAACUCAGGGUCUUAUAAUAGAAUUAAUUUAACACUGGGUCAAUCUGACAUCUUUCGUGAGGAGUAUUCUGAACAUAACAUCAAAUAAAAGAAAAAAAUAUAGAAAAGGUGAUGUGUUUUCAAAUGACCCAAGACUUAAAGGCAACAAUGACAGGAGCUUCACAGUGAUUCAGGUUAAUCAGUUAGCUUUAUUAUUGUGGUUAGUUAGGCCAGGGCAGUGGUGUACUCUGGCUGUUUGAGGGGCAGCAGCGAGAUAAAUAAAAAGUGCACUUCCUGUAUGUCAUGGGGCACCAGCAUGCAGAAAGUUGUAAUGAAUUGAUCUGCCACCAUUAGAAGAUGAAGGUUCUUCCCUUUCCCGUCUCACUGUUUAAAAAAUUAUGGUGGUCCAUUAUAAGACCACUAGCCACCAAAGAUAACAUUAUAAUAGUACCCUCAGUGAAGCAUUCAUUUAAACAUAUUCAGAUAUAAACAAUAAGGUGAGGGUCUGGGAGGGCUCAUCGAGAAAUUCCUAAUACAAUAAAUAUUUUUACAUAAUUUAGUGAUUAAAAACUGAGUAUAUCUGAGAAAACCAAAAUUAUAGAUACAUGCUACUUCCUAUAUGAAGCUCACAUCUGAGUUAGAUCUGAUCAAUAAUUUUACAUGCUAAUUGCAAAACUGAAAAGUAAUAUGGUUGGCAAGUAAAUUUUUAUCAAAUGACAGAAUAAAGUGAUUUCACACCUCUUUGUGAAAAGGGGUUUCUGGGGUGUAAACCUUGAAUGUCAACCAAACAUACACUGUUUAAAUUAAUCUCAUUGACUGAGUUUAAAAUAACAAAAAGGCACUAAAGCACUAUGAAGAGCUACCAAAGGGCACUUUUUCCAUAUUUUACAUUAAACAGCACCCAUUAUAUAUAAUGGAGAGCAUUCCAGAGAGUAUCAUUUUACAGUUUUCAAUACUGUAAGCAAAACCAGAGGGAAGAUUGUAUGUUUAUCUACAGAAAAAUAUUUAGAUAACAUGUUUUUAACAUUUUAUACACUAGGGGGGCAUCCAGGGGGUACUUUUUUUGAUCUCCUGGCAGGCUACUUAAAGUGCACUUUUUUUUUGCAUUUUAUCCAUUAAAAGAUCAUCAGAAGGCA